AUUAAUUCACUACAAAAAAUAAUUGCAACCGCUACCCCAGUUGGCGUCGGCAUCCUUUUGCCGUCGCUAAAAAUUGAUUAUUCGCUUCGGCAAAGUUACGCCGUCACAAAACUUGCGACUGAAUUACUACGCCGUGGCAAUGGGGUAGCCAAAAGUAGCCUAUUUUUCUUCGGCGAACGUUUGCAGUCGCAAACCUUCCAUACUUGGCGACUGCGUCUACAAUGCCGUCGCAUGAGAGAACAGCUACGAGCCCAAUUCUCUUAUUAAAUCUAUUUUCUAAUCAAAAAGCCCUAGCCUAUUUCCCUCAAUCUCUGUUCAAUCUCUACCGCAACCCUCUUUCUCUUCCUCUUCGUUCUGGAUCUAACCCAACAAAUAACAUCGCAGAACUUGGUGGCCACUGUGUUGGUCUAAAUCCAGGGAUUAUUCUUUUUGGUUAUUUCAAUUUGGUUUUCUCUUCAGUCGUUCCUCUCCCUCUCUCUUUGAAUCCGAUUCAACUCAGAUGCGUCCAAUUUAAUGGCUGGGUCAUUCGUGAGAGAUUCGUUCUGUCCGAGCGGAAUUCAUGAGGAAUUUCAAUUGAACUCGGAUGCGUUCUCUUCUCUGUUCUCGGAAAGUUCGCAUCUUGUAUGCAUAUCCAUUAUAGAAGAAAAGGGUUCCUCACUAUGCUUGAAUUUGGGUUUCUUUUGACACUGGAAUGUAAGCAAAUAAUGGCCUGGUGGUUGUUGUUGUAAUGAAUGGCGCCGUUGCUUUGGUGGUUGUUGUAAUCUGUUUGGAGAGUAGAGUUGUUUUCCAUUCAUUUGGGAGAUACAUUCAGGUGCCUCCGCCUUUGAAUUACCUUUCGGUGACUACUACAAUGCUUGGAGGUGCAGCUGGAGCUAGUGCCUAUGCGCUGGGUAUGAUAUCUGAUGCCUUCAGCUCCUUGGCUUUCACUGCUCUGGCGAUUGUAGUUAGUGUUGCUGGAGCUAUCUUUGUCGGAUUUCCUGUUUUGGCUUGCACAGAAAUGGUCAUGCCAAUGUCUAGUAGCCGAGAUAGAAGCAUGUUUCAAACAUAUGAUUAUAAUUUCUCCUCUUUUCAAGAGUGGUGCUGGAAGCAGUUCAAUGUGAAACCAAGGCCUACAUGGAUAACAACAGAGUUUGGUGGACAUGUGGCUACUAUUUGGUUGGAGCGCAAGGAUUCCCUAGCUGGAGCAGUACUUUUGGCCUUAAGGCAACAUUGUUAUGGAGAAAUUUGUGAGGAGGGGCAUGAAGUAACAAACCAAGUAGGGGAACAUAUCACCUCAAGUACGAUUCUGGAUUACUCGCAGCAGCCCCCUAUUCAGGAACUAAUUGGAAGGGAUCUUCAUGAUAUAUAAUGAAUGGAAAUUCAGACAUAUUUCGAGGAGGCUUGCAACAACACUAGAGUAAUUGGUACAUGAAGUAGAUCGAGGAAGAUCCCUGCAAAGUUCAUCUUGAAGUAGAGGAAAAUAACUAACUUGUAAAGCUUAAUUAUCGAUCUUGUAAAUUUUGGUAGAACCUUCAAUAUUCAUUUUGUAACAUUUAUGAGGAAAAUUAAAGUGUAACAUUUCCUUUUAUAUAAGCUUCAUUCCUUUUUG